CUUUUCCCAAACACGUGAUGUAAACAAACCUUAAACCUUCGCUUUAGGCAAACAGUAGAAAGUUAAUCGGUUGUCUGAAAGUCAUUAAUUAGACACUUAGGAUAAAGUCCCAAUUUGUAAGUGAUGAGACUUUUCUCUAGAAUUAUUUAAGGUUAUCGAUUUGGUUAUCGAUAUACCUGCUUGCCAUGGCCAGCCCGACAAUCGAAUCCCUUUGUUGCAUAACCACCAACAAUGCAUUCAGCAAAGAUUUCCUUCAAGACUUCCAGUCUGUUCCCUAUAACUUGGUAUCCAUAGUGGCUUCUGUCUUCGGUAUUGCUGGCGCAACUUAUCAGAUUUUGCCUCGCACAUCUGGCAAUGGCACAGCUGCCAGAGGAGGAAGAUUUUUCAGAACUCGAGGUCGAGUUAUCAUCAAGUGGUUAGCAGCAGCAGACCUCAUGGCUUCACUAGGCAUAUUGAUACGAUCAGCAUCCUGGUUAGCCGAUGACACUUUUGGUUCAAAGCCAGAUGAUAGUCCUCUUGGCCAGUACCUCUGUAUCAUUACAUCUGGAAUGAUUCACUACUUUUACACAGCAACAUACUGCUGGACAUUUCUCUAUGCAUUAGAUGUUAAGUUGGUUAUGCAAGAGAAGCGAGUUAGUCAUCAACUUUACCACCUUAUCUCAUGGAUGGUACCACUUGCCUUGUGCCUCACAGGACUUCUCAUUCUAUAUCUGCCUGACCUCAAUUGUCAUAGUAAGGCAGUAAAUCCAUAUAUGCGUUUCCUGCCCAACUAUCUCAGUUCGUUUCUUCCAAUUGUUGUUGUGAUGAUUGGGAACCCAAUUCUGUAUUGCAUCUCGUUUUCUGGGGUUGAAAAACAAAUAAUGUCUGCACGAGGAAGGUUUACCCACGCUGAGCGACGGGUAGUGGAUGGUCUUCUGAAGAAAUUUUUCCUCAUUAAUGCAGUGUUUUAUUUGUGCUGGCUGCCAAACAUUGUAAAUGGCAUUGUAUUAUGGACAGCAUGGGAUAACCUUCCCAGGAAUUUUGUUCUUGUUGUUUGGUAUUUAAUGGCAAUUCUGAACCCUCUUCAAGCAGUGUUUAACUGUAUGGUAUAUCGGGCAUGGGAUACGGGUAGUGUUAUUACAAGGCCAGGCUGGUUCCCACAGAUUCUCUGGCCCAAAAGUAGUGCAGCUUACCAACAGAUGGAACCUCCCCCCACCACCAUGGAUGAAACUAUAGAUAACCCAGUUGAUGACGAUGGAACAGAGUCUAGAGAAAGCCCUAUCCGGCGGUCGUCCUUUACCCAGAUGGUACAUGAGCGGUCUCCGCUUUUACCCCCCGCACCCUCAAAAGGUUCUAUUGAUCAAAGCUCUGAUGAAAUACUUAGUAGCUCUUUUUCCUAUAAAAGCUAUAACAACUAAAUCUUACUUUGUACUUUUUACAAGGUUAGGUUGUUUAUCAAAUCACCAAUGAACAUGCUCCAAAAGUUAUUUCUUCUUGAGCAAAGGAGAUUGCAGCUUUUACUUAUUUUGUAAAAGUAAGAUUUACUUAAUAAGUACAAUAAAAUGGUAUUGAACAUCAUUUACAGUGGAAGAUUUUAUUAUAUUUUUUGCAGUAGUGUUCUCUGGGUCAUUUAAAAAAAAUUUCUGUAAUUAAGGUUUAUGAGAUCUGUAUAACUUCAUUGUAUAAAAAAAUGGUGUUUUUUUGUAAUGUUUUAGUAGUUUAUCAGUUAUUAUUUAAAGUAUUCACAUAGAAAAGUUCUGU